AUGUCGGUAUUCCACGAUGAGGUAGAGAUCGAGGACUUUGAGUUCGAUGAGGAAAAGGGUGUUUACCACUUCCCCUGUCCUUGCGGCGAUCGAUUUGAGAUAUCAAAGUGAGUUUGUUCGAUUUUUCUUUGAAUUUUAGAUAUGAUUGGGGGAAUUACCUCUUUGUUUCGCUUCAGGGAGCAGUUAGAAGCCGGUGAAGAUGUGGCCACUUGUCCCAGCUGUUCGCUAUUGGUCCGAGUGAUAUACGACAUGGAAAUGUUUGUUCAGAUGGAGACAAUAUCCACCGGAACACCGGUGACCGCUUAA